AUGGAAACCAGUCAGGACUCUUCUCUGUUCCUUGUGAACAUUUUGGAGGAGCUGGAUACCAAACAAAACUCUGUCUCCUACCAGGAUCUCUGCAAAUCGCUAUGUGCUAGGUUUGAUCUGUCCCAGUUGGCCAAGCUGCGGAGUGUGCUUUUCUACACUGCCUGCCUAGACCCUAAUUUCCCUGCCACCUUGUUCAAGGACAAAAUGAGGUGCAGCGUGAACAACCAGCAGUCGAAGAAGAUCAUGGUUGCGGCAGACAUCGUGACGAUAUUCAACCUCAUACAGAUGAACGGCGGGGUGGCCAAGGAGAAGCUUCCUGUUUCCCGGGGAAAGAUGGGGAAGAAAGAGUCUCUGGAGUCCUGCCGAUCGGACACAGAAGUGUGCAAUAUGGUGGACUGCGUGCUCAACUGUGAGCUGAGGGAUGGAGAAUUUAACAGGGGGUAUUCGAACAGGAGGUCGUCCAAAUGUAGGAAAGGGGAUUGCAAGGACUGCCCGCAGUUCGUACCUGCUUCCGAGCCCAACUUUCUGCUUGGGGUCAAUAAGGAGAUGAAAGGGCGAGCGGCUUCCCUCGACCGACUGCAGGCCUUGGCGUCCUACACCAUUGCCAGCUCUCCCCCCUGCGAAAUGCAGAGCACAUAUUUCCCCAUGAACCUCGAAACUGAGUCUAUAUCUGACCAGGACUCCUUGCCCAUCAGCGCGAGCAUCAAGGAGGCGUUCAUUUCGAAUGACGAGCCGUUUGUGAUGCAGUCGUGCGUGCAGAAGCGGAACAUCUUCAAGGAGGACUUCCACAACCUCAUAACCAUUUCGCCCAGCUUAAUGUCGCCCACUAGCAAAGCAGAGGAUGAGCUCGUCGAACCUCCGGGCAGGAAAGAGACCUCCAAGCAGGCGUUUUUCAACCACAGCUUUGAGAUGCCCUACAGCAGUCAAUACUUGAACCCGAUUUAUUCGCCUGUGCCUGAUAAAAGAAGGGUCAAGCAUGAAAGCUUAGACGAUCUCCAGGCUUCUACUUACUUUGGCCCGACGACCGUUCUCGGACCGCAAGAAACCAAACGGUGGCUGGGGAAGCCAAGUAAACAAACCCCAUGGCCGGUCAAAAGCUGGAGUUUGAACACCGAAGAAGUACCUGAUUUUGAAAGGUCCUUUUUCAACAGGAAACAGUCUGAAGAGAAUCCACGGUACCAGGGUUCAAACAGCCAGCCUUCCAAUUUCCCAGCCACAGAGAGGCGCCAGCCUUAUCUCAACCCCAAGGAUCAGCAGUCAAUGAUGCAGUCUGGCUACGCCAUGAAACCGAACGGGCAUAAACCCAAAGACAUCCCCUCCAUCUUGGAAGUGGAGAAACACGAGCCCAUGAAGAAGUUUAAAGACAAGAGUAUUAACUGCACCUCUAUCCAGCUUCUCAGCAUUGACAAAACGAACAGUGUUGGGACUCAGACAGACCAACAGGGGCUGGAACACAAGAAGUGCAAAGAGAUGGUCCACCCCAGUCAGAAUAAAUACGGAGAGAGACAUUCUCUUAAGCAGUCCGAUGACGACUCUGAAAUUGUCAGCGACGACAUCAGCGAUAUCUUCAGGUUUCUGGAUGACAUGAGUAUCUGUGGGUCUACUGGGGUGAUGCAGUCGUCGUGUUACAACAGCACCGGCUCGCUUUCUCAGAUACACAAAUCAGACUGCGAAAGCUCCCCUGAACACCACUUAGCUAAAAUCUCCAACGGCAAUGCCGGCAACAAGCUGGAAAAAGUGUCGCGGCUGGAGAUCAGCGGCACAGACGACGAGCUGAAAACCAGCGUCUGCAAACUGGUUCUAAGGAUUGGGGAAAUCGAAAAGAAACUGGAGUCUCUCUCCAGCGUCAGGGAUGAAAUUUCCCAAGUUCUGGGGAAGCUAAACAAGUUGGAUCAAAAGAUUCAGCAGCCAGAGAAAGUGAGCGUCCAACUGGAUCUCAAUUCCUUGACCAGUGAGGUUCAGUCUGAAGAAAGUACCUCGCCCAGGAUCUUUUCGUGCCAUAAUUCUUCGCACGGAGGCAAACUGGAGAAUAAUCCGGACUGGUGUUGUUCGGAUGCCAGUGGCAGCAAUAGCGAAAGCCUCCGGGUCAAAGCCUUAAAAAAAAGCUUGUUCACCAGGAGGUCUUCGAGGUCACUGACAGAGGAAAACAGUGCCACAGAAUCCAAGAUAGCUAGUAUAUCUAACUCCCCUAGAGACUGGCGAGCUAUCACAUAUACGAACCAAGCAGGCAUUACGGAGGAAGAUAUGAAAGACAGGGGUGGAGGCGAGAACAAAGACUGGCACAGAAAAUCCAAAGAGGUAAUUUUUCAAUUUCUGCUCAGUGAAUUAUAUUUUUAACUUGACUGCAUGAAAAGGAUCUGGUGUAAUUCGUGAAAGGCUCCGAGGAUUACAGCAUCUGCCUACUACUACACUACUGUUAGAAUUGUUUUAAUGAAUUUCCGUCUGUUUUCUUAACCCACUUGUUUUUUUCUUCCCCACGGCAAUAUCCAGAAUACAUAAGGAGCUGCAGUCUAAAAACAACACCGAUCGUAUAAUUUGAGAUUGUCCCAAAACAACACUAGCCGCCCCAAAAUGUAGAUUUUUUUAAUUUACAUGGUAUACUUAGAAUCAUAGAAUUGGAAAGGGACCCCAUGGAUCAUCCAGUCCAAUCCCCUGAAAUGCAGGAAUAUGCAUCCAUACGGGCAUCAGAAUCGCCACCUUGGCCGACUGAGCUGACCUGAAAGCAAAUAGACUUGUAUAGUUCAUUUAACAGUUCAGUUUGCAUGUUAAUUCUUUACAGAUAGGACUCACCUGUUGGUGAGAAAUGCCUUUAAGAAGUGUAUACUCACAUGUGUUCUUCCUCUGUUUAGAUAUCUUUGUAUUCUGACAUUAUUAUUAUUAUUAUUAUUAUUACUAUUAUUAUCUGAUGUUAGUCUAUAAUUAUAGGGCCGCACUCAUGGCCUUAUGCUAAGGGUAAAUUGGCUGAAUUAAAUCCCACCAUUAUAAUGAGAAGUCAAGUUUCCCGGGGGUAGUUAGAAAAUGGUUCAUCGGACUGAUUUGAAACUGGGCAGUGUAGGAGAGGCAUUUUUCAGGAUGGUUCAAAUCAAAUUUGGGGUAGAAGGGGUAAGUAAUGGCUUAUUCUGAAGAGGUUUUUAAAAAACCUAAACAAAAUACCAGCUUCUUGAUGGGUACCUUAUGUUUUUAUUUCUUAGACUUUGCUCAGGUGAUUUUUCCAGAAAUAUUUCUCCAUUUGUACUGCAUCUUUUCUGUUAGGUCAAAGGGAAUGCCUAGAGUGUGCUUUUGUCUAAUAGUAGUGUAAUAUGUUUGUAGAUUGGGUUAAAAAUAAAAAAAUCAAAAAGGCAUUUUUGUGGCCAACGUUGGUCAAUGGGAUUUCAUAAGGUUGUUCCUUGCACAUGCUCAGUACGAACUUGUUGUGAGAGAAGGUUAGGUGGGGGAAAGCUGGAUGGAGUGAGAAUGUCUGUCAGACAGGUCAGUUGGAACAUGCCAACACGGAUGUGUGAAGGACAGAAAAGAACUGUGAGAGGGAAAUGAAAGUUUAUUGUUAUUUUUAAUUAUAGAGCCACAGCGGUUAGGGGUAUGUGUGUUGACUGAAUCGUGUUCCUCCAUUUAUGAUGAGAAAUUGGAAGGGCGGUAGUAGGUUCUACGACUUACAGUUUGAGCAUGUCUCAGUGGAAUGAUAUGAAACUCAGCAGCAUAGGAGAGACAGCUUCGAGGACAGCCCAUGAUGAAUUUGAGGUGGCUAGGAUAAGGAAUGGCUUAUUUUGAAUGAAUUCAGCAUUUGGUGAGAGGCUUCAGCUUGUUGACAAGUUCUGUGCAUUAUUCUUUCAUAGAUUUUGCUGGGGUGGUUUUUCAGGGAAAAAAUUUGUUUGUAGUGUGUGAUUUGAGGAAACUAGGGAUGGUUUAAAGAUUAAGAGAGUAUGUAACAUGUGCUUGUCACAUUGUGUAACAUGUUUGUAGUUUGUGGGCAUUUUAAAGAAGAUCCUUCUUCUUGGUUGAGCGGUACAGAACUUUAUGAGUAUAUUAAAUAACUUAUACAAAUAACUUUCUUCUUGUUUUUAAACAGGCUUUAAAGUUUUUCUCGUUCACAAGGCUUUUAUGAAUGAUUAAAGCCUUGCUUGCUCCUGUGUAUACUAUUAUGCUUAUGGGUUUUCUUUUAGUUAUUUAUCCUGUUUUGAAUUGUAGAAGUUUUGUUUGUUUAGUUAUGUCAGGUGCCUUGAGAAUCUUUUUAUUUUAUUUCGAGAAAUCCAAAGAAGAAUGUUUCAAAUUGUAUAUUAUUUCAGAAGGUGCAAAAUUGGUAGAUUUGUAUUAAAAUGUGAACGGAGCCAAAUUUCUUACCCUGUUCCUAGUCACUUUCACAGUCACUUCCUUCCGCACAUAGCAGGCAGAGUUUUAGGGAAGAGAUCAACCCUCCUUAGCCAGCCAACUGACUCACCUGUGUGGAGUUUCAUGAGCUCUUCUGCAUGAAAUUCCUGGUUGACUAGGGGUGCAUUCAGAAAUGGGGAAUAGUGCAUGGGAAGUGGGUGGCGCUGUGAUCUAAACCACUGAGCCUCUUGGGCUUGCCGAUCUCAAGGUUGGUGGUUUGACCCCACGAAGGGGUUCUGCCAAGAGAACUUCCCUUCACGUUGCUCUGUCCCAGCUCCUGCCAACCUAGCAGUUCAAAUGCAUGCCAGUGCAAGUAGAUAAAUAGGUACCACUCUGGUGGGAAGGUAAACACCAUUUCCGUGCACUCUGGCUUCUGUCACGGCAUCCAUUGUGCCAGAAGCGGUAUAGUCAUGCUGGCCCAUUACCCAGAAGGCUGCCUGUGGACAAAUGUCAGCUCCCUCAGCCUGAAAAGCGAGAUGAGUGCCGCAACCCCAUAGUCGCCUAUGACUGGACUUAACCAUCCAGGGGGCCUUUGCCUUUUUACCUUUAGUGCAUUAAAGGUAAAGGGACCCCAGACCAUUAGGUCCAGUCUUGACCGACUCUGGGGUUGCGGCGCUCAUCUCGCUUUAUUGGCCGAGGAAGCCUGUAUACAGCUUCUGAGUCAUGUGGCCAGCAUGACUAAGCCACUUCUGGUGAACCAGAGCAGCGCACGGAAACGCCGUUUACCUUCCCGCUGGAGCGGUACCUAUUUAUCUACUUGCACUUUGAUGUGCUUUUGAACUGCUAGGUUGGCAGGAGCAGGGACUGAGCAACGGGAGCUCACCCUGUCGCGGGGAUUCGAACCGCCAACCUUCUGAUCGGCAAGUCCUAGGCUCUGUGGUUUAACCCACAGCACCCCCCGCGUCCCUUAGUGCAUUAGUUUUCCUGAUUAUAACAGUAGUGCUACUGCCCUGUUCUCUAAUGUUCCUUUCACACUGCAGUACCUGUUGUGUUAUGGAACUGUAGCUUAUUGACCCAUAAACCAGCAUGUUGCAUUGACUUUCAUUCACACCACUAGACAUGGUAUGACACAACCAACAUCACUGGACAACGUUUCUACAGAAGCUACAUGUGUGCUUCUGUUCCUCCAUAAUAACGGCAGGAAAGAACUAUAUGCUGGUGUACUGCCCCAAAUUUUGCCACUUUACUCCCACAAUUUUUCCAGGUUAAGGGCUGCAAAUGGUCCCCCCCCCCCAUCAAAUAACAUAGAAAUGAGCACUAAACAGGUAUUGCAUUCCAGUAGUUUUCCCAUAAGUGGCUUCUGCGUUGUGUAUAAUGCAGAAAUAAACAGCAAGGGAAACAUUGGGGAAAUGGAAUAAACCAAUAAAUUAAAGUAUAGCUUUGUUGUACUUCUGUUAGAUCAAGGUCCUGAAUGAUGGGUGUGUAUGUAUAUUUUGAUUAACUGAAUUGGCGGGCAAGUGUGUGUGUGUGUGUAUGAAAAAAUAGUAUUUAGCUUAUUUUUUAGUAGUAGUAUUUAGGGCUGAGCGAUACCUGGUUUUCAACAGCAGCUAAACAUCAUGAUAUAGUGAUAUAGCAGAAUGUCUGAAGGGUUUUUCCUGCAUCGUGAUUUUUGCACAGCACAGAACACACACACAUGUCGUGAUUCACAAUAAAAAAUUAUGAAACCAAUAUCACAAUAUGGACUUCAAACCAGUCUUGAAUGAUAUAUUGAUAUAUCACCCAGCUCUAGGUGUAAUACAUAUAGUAACCAUUUUAUGGAUGAUAUAUAAUACGACUUGUGCUGUACCUGUGAUGUUCUAUUAUGUAAUUGCCAUUUGUUGUUUGCAAGCCACUUUCGGAUUUGUUUGAAUGGAAAGUGGCAUAGAAACACAUUGAAUGAAAUUAAAAAUGAAUCGAAUAAACAGCCAUCUGGAUGCAGCCAAGGCGACUGAGUUGUUGAGCACAAAACUCCUUUCUUUCCUUCUCUGAACUCCUUGUGCGACUCCCUGCAGGCAGAUAGGCAAUAUGAAACCCCACACGCCCCAAGGCACUCCAAGCAACCCAAAGAUGGCUUCUUGAUUGAGCAAGUCUUCAGCCCCCACCCUUACCCAGCGUCGCUCAAGUCGCACAUGAAGACCAACCCCCUCUACACGGACAUGCGGCUGAUGGAACUGGCGGAAGUGAAGCGGGCUCAGCCGUCGUGGACCAUUGAGGAAUACACGAGAAACUCGGGCGAGAAAGGAAAAUUGGCCGCUCUGGAUCUACAAGUGAGUCACGUUGGUUUCCACCGUGGGUGGCCUGUGCCAAAGUGGAACCUACCCAAAAGAAGGGGAAACCUGAAUGUUGAAGGGUAUAGAGAUUCAUAUUGUCAGUAAGUAUGUCAGACCCUCUAAGUGUCCUUGUUUUCCAAGGACAGUCCCGGAUUUACAGAAGCUGUCCUGGUUUCUGAUGUGAUCCCGGAAUGUCCCGCUUUUUCUUAAGACAUCCCUAUUUUCAUCGGAGAAAUGUUGGAGGGUGUGGAGUUAUGUGACCCCCGAACCAAGGAGAUACAACAUUUAGAAAACAUCUGAAGGCAGCCCUGUAGAGGGAAGUUUUAAAAUGUUUAAUGUUUAAUUGUGUUUUAUAUAUAUAUCGGUAGCCGCCCAGUCAGAUGGAUGGGGUAUAAAUAUUAUUAUUAUUAUUAUUAUUAUUAUUAUUAUUAUUACUAUUAUUAUUAUUAUUAUGGAAUAGGACAUCCCUAUUUUCAACGAAGAAAUGUCGGAGGGUGUGGUAGGUUUGGAUUGCAAACCUGUAUCUGAGAGGUGCGGGAGCUUUUUCUUCCUAUGAGCUGCAUUUCCUCGGGAGAAAGUGGUCAGGGUCUACAUACCAGGAGUGGGCGGGGCCCAUUCCCAUAUUAAUUAAUUAAUUAAUCUCUAUACCUCCCUAUACCUGAAGGUCUCAGGGUGGUUCACAUAAAGCAGGCAUCCCCAACCUCGGCCCUCCAGAUGUUUUGAGACUACAAUUCCCAGCAUCCCUGACCGCUGGUCCUGCUAGCUAGGGAUCAUGGGAGUUGUAGGCUAAAAACAUCUGGAGGGCCGAGGUUGAGGAAGCCUGACAUAAAGGAUCACAUACAUAUAAUCCAAAUACAAACGACAACCCAAUGGAACCGCCCUAAAAAGAGCCAGCAUUUUAAAAAGUGUGUAGGAUGUAAAUCAGAUCAGUCAAAGGCCUGGUUAAAGAGGAACGUUUUUGCCUGGCGUCUAAAGGUGUAUAAUGAAGGUGCCAGGCGAACUUUCUUGGAGAGAACAUUCCACAGAUGGGGAGCCACUGCAGAGAAGGCCCCGUUUUUGUGUUGCCACCCUCCUGACCUCUCAAGAGGGGGAACACAAAGAAGGGCCUCAGAAGAUGAUCUCAGGGUCUGAGUAGGUUCAUAUGGAAAGAGGUGGUCCUUGAGGCAUUGUGGUCCUGAGCCGUUUAAAUCACAUUCCCUCCCUCUAGGGGCAGAGGCAAUAAUGCAGUGAUAUCAAUUGCAGGAACCCACUGGAGGGGAGAGCGCUGUUGUGCUUGGCUCCUACUUGAGGAUUUCCUCCUGCAGGCAUCGGGGGGUGGGGGCGCUGUGAGAACAGGAUGACUAGAUGGGUCAUUGGCCUGAUCCAGCAGGUUCAUCUCAUGUUCACACAAAUUCACACACAUGUAAGAUGUGCGCAGGUGUUCGCAUGAACGCCUGAAUGAUCUCAAGUGUGGAUUGGGGCACAUCCUGGCUGCAUGCCCAAUGUCCUUGUGUGCAUUGCCUGCCCCCACUCAGUCCACAGUCUUCCGCAUGCCCUGGUCCUUGAUCAUUCAGAGAGUUCUACUAGCAUUCAAAGGAACACAAGAAGAAGCCACACAGAGAGGUUCCUUGGACAACACAGGCAAGAUCAGGGACCAAGCACGGAGAAUAAAUGUACACAAGGACAUUGGGGUGGGCCUUGUGUGUGCCCCUGAACAUGCCAUACUUGUGUGUGAAUUGGGUGUGUGCAGUGAUAGGGUGUCCCAUCAUUCAGCCUGGUCCCUGAGGUCCAACUCCGAGGGCCUUCUGGUGGUUCCAUCACUGCAGGAAGUGAAGUUACAGGGAACCAGGCAGAGGGCCUUCUUGGUAGGGGCGCCCUCCCUGUGAGAUGCCCUCCCAUCAGAUGUCAAGGAGAUAAAGAACUACACAACUUUCAGAAGACAUCUAAAGGCAGCCCUGUAUAGGAAAGUUCUUUAAUGUUUUAUAUGUGCUGGAAGCCACUCAGAGCAGCUGGGGAAGCACAGCCAGAUGGGUAAGAUAAUAAUAAUAAUAAUAAUAAUAAUAAUAAUAAUAAUAAUAAUGAUAAUGUUGAUCCCUUCUAGUUUUGGUAUUUAUUUGGUCUGCCCACUGCUAGUAUGUACAUCCUGACUACUUUGGACCAUUUGCACGCUAAGGCGCACAGCUGACUAGAUCUCUAAAUCCACCCACACUACGUUCACUCACAACCCAUUCUCAACACAUUCACACCAGCUGCUUGGCUUCUAUGCUACAGUGCAUAGAGGGGGCUUCCUUUCUCAGCAUGCAGUAUGGAAAUGUAGCAAGCUGCCCACAGAGAUCAGGACCAGUCUCUUACUCCAUGACAGCCUCAGCAGCAGGAGAGCAAUGGAACAAGUCCAUGCUAGAUAGGAUUUUGCAGUCUAGCAGCAAACCGCAGUGCAACAAGUUCCCCAUCUCUCACUUUGCCUAUUCUAAAUCCUCGGAGCACGUCAUGCAUAUUAUAACUAGGGUUGUAGCGUUCAGUCAAUUAUCUGUUUUAGAAACUGACCAACUGGAGAGGUACAAAUCAGCUAGCAGGGUUGCUGCUGCUUAAAAAUGUUGAUUGCUUUGUUUUUGUUUGUUAAAACUCAUUUAUUCAAAAGUUACAAUGCAGCUUUGUCCCCUGCUGUAACAUCACAGAAUUCCUCAAUCCCUCAUCACUGUCAUUUUGGCUCGCUGGAUACCCUCAGUAGGAACCCAACAACCAAUCUGAUUUCAAUUAAUAUAUUAAUUGUUUUUAAUAAGAUACUCCCUUCUAGGUUUGAGAAGACCCAGGGCAAAACACCGAAAUGGACUUUGCAUAUGGCGGUCAGUAGUCGCACUCCAAAUCAGCACCAGAUGCCAUUUUAAUUUCCCACGAUGCCUGGUGUUGAAAUAGCUCUGCUCUGAGAUGUUGUGUGGGAAGCUAAAUUGACUGUUCCACACCACCUGGCCCAGGAGCCUCAGAGCUGGCAAAUAAUAUUAUGGUUGGUCCCUGGCAACUGACCGAGGAUUACGAAUGCAGGUGUCAGGUCUAGUCGGCCUACGUGGCUGGUAGGCUCCCUUCGGUUCUGUGGGUCGCUUGUUGUGCAGGCCUGCCCUCCCUCAGAAUUUUACACAUGAGUUGUAUUUUAAAUAGUAAUUUCCCCACCACCACUAGAUGCUUUUCGCAGUUUCUGUCACACACAGGUGGCAAGAUUCAGGAAUAAAUCAGCCGUUCUGAGACCCAAGAGACUGGAGGGGUUAGAAGAUUUCAGUCACAAGGUGUUGCUAGGACUUGACUUAAGGACAUCUUGCAGUCUGUUUUUAGAGAGGCUGCCGAAUUGAGAGCAGGAAGCAUUGCAACAGGGGAGCGUGAGGCAGCCACUUUAUAAUAAGCUUUGUUUCCUUGUUUGUUGCAAAUUUGAGAGCGUGGCGACAGAGGAAGCCAUCUUUGGAAAGCUGCCUGUCAGCCUGAAUUUUUAAGCAGAUCCAGUACACUCUCUUUUUAUAUUCAGUGGAUGCUCAGGUUGCAAACGUGAUCCAUGCGGGAAGCACGUUUGCAACCCGCAGUGUUUGCAACCCACAGAGCCGCAUCUGCACAAGCAUGGAUCAUGAUUCGGCGCUUCUGCACAUGUGCAAAGCACGAUUUAGUGCUUCUGUGCACGUGAGAUUGCCGAAACCCGGAAGUAACCUGUUCCAGUACUUCCGGGUUCGGCGUGGUGCGCAACCUGAAAACAUGCAACCUGAAGCGUCUGUAACCCGAGGUAUGACUGUACAGUCAUACCUCAGCUCCCAAACGCCUCCCUUUAUGUACGUUUCAGCUCCCGAAUGCCGAAAACCCAAAAGUAAGUGUUCCGGUUGUCGAACAUUUCAGAAGCCAAACGGGCUUCCAGAACGGAUUAAGUUUGACAACCGAGAUUUGACUGUAGAAGGCUUCAAAGAAGAAUCACUUCUUGCCUGUGUCUGCUUCACUAUCACUAGCCACGAUGUCUAUGUUUUGCCUCCAGUGUCAGAAUACUGUUUGCUGGGAAUCAAGCAGGAAGAGUCUCCUCACAGAACUAUAAUUCCCAGAAUGGUUUAACAAUCAAGCCUUCUUCCAGGGAACUCUGGGUGGGAAUUGUGGUUCUGUGAGCAGAAUGGUGGUUUCCUAGCAAACUUCAGGACCCUUAACAAACUACGCUUUCCCAGAAUUCUUUGGGGGAAGUCGUGACUGUUCAAGUGAUACAGCAGUGCUUUAAAUGUUUUGAGUGGAUGUGCGUAUCCUUAUUUAGAGCUGGAAUUCAGAGAAAGAGAAUCUUAAUGGCUUUCUUCUUCUUUUUACUUUCCAGACUCAAGAAUCUUUAAACCCCAACAAUUUAGAGUACUGGAUGGAGGACAUCUAUACCCCAGGCUAUGACUCGUUACUAAAGCGCAAAGAAGCUGAAUUCAGAAGAGCGAAAGUUUGCAAAAUAGCUGCCCUGAUUGCAGCCGCAGCCUGUACUGUUAUCCUUGUCAUUGUCGUUCCCAUAUGUACUAUGAAAUCGUGA